AUGUAAAAAGAAGUCUAAUUGUUAAAGUCACUAGAUCACCCUAAUAUUGUUUAAUAUCUUGAUUCUUGUAUUUUAUCUUAUUCCAUCAAUUAAUACCAUCAAGAAAGAUUAGGUUAUAUAUGUAUGGAAUUGGGAUCAUACAACUUGGAUGACUUUAAACAAGCAGGGUAUCCAAUUGAUAAUACUUUAAUUGAUCAAACUCUUAAUGCCCUUGCAUAUUUGCAAAGAAAACAUAUUGCUCAUUGCGACAUCAAACCAGCAAAUAUUUUGGUUAUGGAAUUGAAACCUAUUUGUUAUAAAAUUUGUGAUGUUGGUUCAAGCAAGCUCCAAAGUUCAGAAUUAGUUGACUCUGUUGGAACUUAUAAAUAUAUGUCACCAGAAAUGUUAUAAGGGGAUGCCAAAAACUAUUAUUUAUCUGAUGUCUUUUCGUUGGGAUUGCUGUAUCUUAGUAUUUACAAAGACUUCUCAAUAUCUCAUGCGAAACGUUGUGAAAUAACUCCUCAAGAAUUUAUUCAGAAAUUACAUGCUAAAAUCAAUUAAGAUGAAGAUGAUGUUUCGAUUCUUUUAAGAAAGAUGAUCUAACUUGAUCCAAAAGAUAGACUUGAUUUUAUUUAACUAGAGUAGUUUUGGGAGGAUCAUAAAAGAAAUAAAAUAAAACAAUCCAUGCUAGAUUCUAAAGAAGGUUCUAUUAGAUUUAAUUCCAACACAACUUUCCUUUAGGAUGACUCGCCUUUGAAAUCCUCACCUUAUAAAAUUGGUAGAUUGACUAAAAAAUUAUAACCAAAUUCCAAAUAAUCAUUUUAUUCAUAAGGCAAUAAUUUUUCAAAUGAGAAAAAUAAUUCUGUGCUUCCAUUUUCAUCGAACCAAAUAACUGACAGAAAAACCGCAACAUCUACCAGGUAGAGAGUUCAAUCUUUUUAAUUAAAAUUCGAAUCGAUUCAAAAACCCGCAAAAUCACCUGAGAAACCUAAAUUAGCUAGCCCACUUAAAUAAAAUACAAACAAUAAGUUUUAACUUCCUCAGCUUCCGCUUCAGCAUUUGAAAAUUAGAUUAAUUCAAUCAUGA